AUGCCUCCUCUACAGACACAGUCGUCACCGACAUCCCCUAUCAUCUAUCAAAACGCAGAAGGCGACAUCAUACUUCUCGACAUACCGAGAUCGAUUGCCGUUGCCCAAGCACGCUCUGACACUCUACUUUCCACCACACCCUUGGACUCGCCGAUUGAAAUUCAAGAGGAUCAUCGUGCUAGGAACCAAAGGACCCAACCCAAGACCAACCAGGACGCGACCACGGCGCUACAUGCAGAGUACAAGCCCACGAUUGAACACGCACUGACCCACAUUCAUGCCCACGUCUCAGGCCCAUGGUGUGCGCCACGUAGACUACUGACCCAAGUGCCAUCACGCGGGAAAGACCAGAUGGACAUGGACGACCCCGAAAAGGAACUCGAGUGCCGACUGCGAGAAUGGGCAGCAUGGAAGGAAAGCAAGGGCGGCGACAUUGCCUUUGACCUGCAUCAGAUGAUGGCCUCUCUCGGUGCGACAUGUGGAUCCGAAUCAACGGCCACACCGAUCGUGUCACAGCCACAUUGGUACAUGUCGUACCGCGCUGCACGUGAGGCCUCCCAUGGGGCACAAAGCACUGGAUCCGACAUGGAGGACGAGGUAACAGAGCCAUGGACACCUACCUUUCACAACCCAGAAGACAAGCCCUUGGAGCUGAGUGUGUACGAUCCUGGCCAUGACCAGACCAAAGCCUACCGUUUCACAAUCCCACCCCACUCCACUUUCUUCCUCAGCGACUCGACGCACUCGGACGCCUUUCGCACAUCGUUCCGCCGGUUGACGGAUGAGUACAAUCUGCCGCGCCACUUUGACCUCGUACUCGUCGACCCGCCAUGGCCCAAUCGCUCGGCCAAGCGCAAGGGCGCGUACGAGCAAGUGGGCGGCAUACCCUUUUUGAAGAAGAUGCUUUUGAAAAUGGACAUGGAUACCUACCUGGAGCAUAAUGGGCUCGUGGGCCUAUGGAUCACCAACAAGGAGUCUCUUCGUCGUCAUGUGCUGGGGCCUGGAGGAUUGUUUGAGAGAUGGAACGUUGGGCUAAUCGAAGAGUGGAUUUGGAUCAAGACUACGAGGCAGGGUGAGGCCAUGUUUGACAUUGACAAUGGGAUGAGAAAGCCGUAUGAAGUACUGCUGCUGGGACGGGCGGCGCCCAAUUCAUGGACGAGGAUAAGGCAUGCGGCUGUGGUGAGACGGAGGGUGAUAGCGGCUGUGCCUGAUGUGCAUUCGAGGAAGCCUUGUUUGAAGGGCUUGUUGGAGGGGUUUGGAUUGGUGUCUGGGGAAUAUAGUGCGCUCGAGGUGUUUGCGAGGUAUGUCGUGGAGGGGUGGAUGGCGUGGGGGAACGAGGCCAUCAAGUUCAAUUGGGAACAUUAUUGGACCUUGUAG